AUGGAAGAAAAAGAACGGAAAAAAAAAAGGAAAAAAGUUUCCUUGUUGGGUACACGUACCAAGCAUUCUCAUUGUGUGCGAACCGGUCCGGUCCAGAGAAAAAAGAAAAAAAAAAAGAGGAAAAGAAAGAAAGAAGAACCAGUGCAGUUCUCCCGCCAAAACUAACCGUGAUUAUAAAUAUCCUUCGAUUUCAUUUCAACCCUCAUCUUCCUCAACCUGCAAAAGUUAUCUACUGCGACUAUCGAAGCUUCUCCAAAUUUCUGCUCAUCACGUCGUUCAUGAAACAAGUGCAAUUAUGGAUUCGUAUACACUGAAGUCCGUGUUCGAUUUGCCCGUUCCUUUUCAGUCCGCCUUUAGUUUCAGGUAUUUCAAUUCUCUUCAAAGUGAAUGCUUUCCCGUCUGCUUCCACUCCGAUGCGAACAUGGUUGUUUCAGCACCAACUGGAAGUGGUAAAACAGUACUCUUUGAGCUUUGUAUCUUGAGGCUUCUCUCAAGGUUUGUCUCUGAGGAGUCGAAGUUUGUUCAUGUAAAGGGAGUUCUCAAGACAAUCUACAUAGCCCCAUCUAAGGCUUUAGUACAGGAGAAGCUUCGUCAUUGGAGCCAAAAGUUUGGAUCAUGGGGUGUAAAUUGCUUGGAGCUGACAGGAGAUAAUGAAUCUUACAACAUAAGGAACAUACAAGAAGCUGACAUUAUUUUAACCACUCCUGAGAAAUUCGAUGCAGUGACUCGGCAUGGAAUAAAAGAUGGUGCAUUAAGCUUUUUCAGUGAUAUAGCACUUCUACUUAUUGAUGAAGUUCACCUGUUGAAUGAUCCACGUGGAGCAGCUUUGGAGGCGAUUGUCAGCAGAAUAAAAAUGCUUGCAAGAAAUCCUAUAAUGAAAUCAAGUUCCCUGGCUCAUGUUCGUUUACUGGCAGUGUCUGCCACAAUUCCAAAUGUUGAGGACCUUGCGGAAUGGCUCGAGGUUCCUGUUCAAGGCAUUAAAAGGUUUGGAGAAGAAAUGAGACCUGUGAAGUUGACUACCAAAGUUUUUGGAUAUACUCCAGCAAAAAAUGAUUUUCUAUUUGAGAAGCGCCUUCAAAACUAUAUUUUCGAUAUUCUCAUGCUAUAUUCGAAAGGGAAAUCUGCUCUGGUCUUUUGUUCGACUAGAAAAGGGGCACAAGAAGCAGCACAGCGACUGUCUCAGUCAGCAAUGGCCUAUGGGCAUUCAAAUCCAUUCAUUAAGAACAAAGAACAGCAGGAAAGGCUAAGGGAAGCUUCACUUUCAUGCAGUGACAAACAAAUGCAGUCCUAUAUUCUUUAUGGUGUUGGUUAUCACAAUGGUGGCCUUUCCCUCAAGGAUCGUAGCCUUGUCGAAAGUCUUUUUCUUAAUGGUGAUAUUCAAAUUCUAUGCACAACAAAUACUUUAGCCCAUGGAAUCAACCUGCCAGCACAUACAGUUGUAAUAAAAUCAACACAGCACUUCAACAAAGAGAAAGGCAUGUACAUGGAAUACGACAGGUCCACAGUGCUACAGAUGUGUGGAAGGGCAGGUCGGCCACCCUUUGAUGAUACGGGAAUGGUUAUAAUCAUGACAAAACGAGACACGGUACACUUGUAUGAGAAUCUUUUGAAUGGAUGUGAAAUGGUGGAAUCACAAUUGCUUCCAUGUGUCACGGAGCAUUUAACUGCCGAAAUAGCUCAACUGACCGUCUCUGACAUUACCAAGGCAAUUGAAUGGAUGAAGUGCUCGUACUUGUAUGUGAGAAUGAAAAAGAACCCUGGAAAUUAUGCGGUUAAAAAUGGGCUUUCUAGUGGCCGUGUAGAAAAGCAUCUGCAAGAGGUUUGCGUUCAGAAAGUCAAUGAACUAUCAAAACAUCAAAUGAUCUGGACUGAUGAAGAUGGUUUCCUCUUGAAACCACUAGAGCCCGGAAGGUUGAUGACGAGAUAUUAUUUGAAAUUCGACACAAUGAAACUAAUUAUGCAGGUCCCCGUGGACUGCACUUUGGAAAAUGCUCUUAAUGUGAUAUGCCGUGCUGAGGAAAUUGCAUGGAUACAGCUCAGACGCAAUGAGAAAAGGAUUCUGAAUGACAUCAAUACUGAUAAAGAUGCUCGACUUCGCUUUCACGUCCUCACUGAUAACGGGAAACGGAAAAAGCGUAUUCAAACUAGAGAAGAGAAGAUAUAUAUUUUGAUUAAUGACUGCUUGACGGGUGAUCCUUCAGUUCAUGAUUUAUCCCUGACCCAGGACGUGAAUUCUAUAUGCGCAAAUGGCUGCAGAAUUGCAAAGUGCAUGAAGGAGUAUUUUAUUUACAAAAAGAAUUACAAAGGAGCAUUGAAUUCAGCCCUUCUAGCCAAGUCAUUGCAUCAAAAACUCUGGGAUGACAGUCCUUAUCUGUUGAAACAAUUACCUGGGAUAGGCAUGGUGACAGCCAAGGCACUACAUUCAAUGGAAAUUAAAUCAUUCGAGGCACUGGCUGAAGCUGAUCCUCGGAGGAUAGAGAUAGUCACCGGUCGAAAAUACCCAUUUGGGAAUCAUAUCAAAGACUCUUUACUGUCACUUCCUCCAAAAGUCCAAAUGAAAGUUGAGGAAACUGAAUGCCAGAUGCGAGGGAAGUCAAAGCUAGUGAUAACAUUGACAAGGAUCUCAGAACCUCUUCAGUCAAUGAAACGACAUUAUGCCAACAUGAUAUUUGGUUCUGAAGAAGAUAACCUGAUUGUCUUGCAUGAGAAAAUAAGAGUGGAUGAGUUCUCCAGCCCCUAUAGCACGGUAAUUCACCUGUCACACCCCCAGCAAGGAAAGCUGACUGUUAAGGCUGAUCUUAUUUUCGAAGAAUACAUUGGCAUUGAUCUCCACCAAAAACUUAUAUUGACAAAAGUGAGCAACUUAAACUUCAACGUCAAAAGGGGAAAAACACAGCUUUCCUCUUUUGCUCCAACUCAGGAAGUAUGUGUUAUAGACGACGAUGAAGAAACUAUAUCUCAAGCCCCAACUGAAAGGCCCUGCAGCCCUACAAUAUCCGAAGAUAUAGAUGAUUCAAUGCCCAAAUUCAAGUUUCUAGGUGCAGAGUUUGAUGAAGUUGAGCCUCCUGUCGACGUUAACGAAGACAAAACCAAAAUCACAACAGAACAAAAAAUAUUUGAUCACAUACGUGAAAAGGCCAAAAGCUUCCCCGACUUGGCAGCAUCAAGUAUUGCCUAUCUGCCAUCAACUGAGACCCUGAAUCUUGCAAGGAAGCGCACUCGGGAGGAGGAGCUCGAAUUCCUUAGGGAAAUAGAAGUUUUGGAAGAGAUAGAAAAGAACAGAAGUCAAAGACAGACUUUGGUCGUCAAACCAUCUGUAGAAACCAGUGAGGGAGACCCGAACAAGCAGAACAUUAAAAAUUCUCCAUCUCCACAAAACAAUAUUACAGCCACAAGCUCAUGGCCCUUCAACUUGAUGGAAGAAAGAGGUGGGCUUUCCUCUGAAGCUGAAGAAGGGAUGGUCAAAACUUUAACUGAAGAGACAAUAUUCGAUCACAUACGCAAGAAAGCCAAGGAUUUUCCCCAGUUUGGUAAGAUGCCGAAUCAGUCCGAGCCUUCAAUCCAGACAAAUAAACGUUUGCCUCUGAGACAGCUCGAGAUUUGCAGUGAAGAUGCGAUAAUCACAUUAUCUGAUUCGGAAACCGACUAUGAUUUCGACAUAAGGCGGGGAAAAAGGAUGAAACAUAACAUGUAUUCUGGCCAAGAAUAUGGGAAGUUAAAUGCUUCUCCUAGAGUUUCAAGCACUGAUGGUGAUAUGCCAUCUACAAAAAUGCUGUCGUUUGAUAUCUCAAUGUUGAAGAAAAAGAAUGAAACGACUGACCAACGCAGCAAAAUGGAGAAUAGAGGGAAGCAGCAACAGUCUCCGAGUGUGCCACAGAACCAGCGCUGCUCAUUGGAAACGCCAGGCAACGGCAUGAUGGUACAAUCAUUUCUUGGGUUUGAGAGCGUCUUUUCCUUCCUUUGAUUUGUUUGCCAUUGCCAUGGGAAACUAGAGAAUAUCUGGAUGGGUUCAUGAGUUUGAUUUUAGUAUGCUAUUGCACUAGAUUCUGACUGUGGAUGGCAUUUCUUUCCCGUUUCCAGAUCCUGGUUGCUCCCAUUGUUUUUGGUCGGCAGCUAUGGAACUUUCGCUAUUGUACUUAUAUCAUAGAAAA